UUUUUACUAUAUAUUUUAGUACUUCGUUUAUAAAAUUAUAAAAUCGGGGAGACUACGGUUUCCGUGGCUUUACUUUACAUCUACAUGGCUUAAGAAAAACUGUAACCAUUAGUGCAGCAAUGCCUAUGCGACAAAAAAUUGCUAAAAACCUAGGUUUGGAGUAUGAAGUAUGUACGCCAGAUCAAUUAGAAGGAAAAAAAUUCGAUUUUGUUAUUGAUUGCAGUGGUUCUGCAUCAGCUAUAGAAUCUGCUUUUCCUUUACUCAACAAUCGUGGAACCCUUUGCAUUUUUGGAGUCGCUAAUCCUACAGCAACAAUGAAAAUCAAUCCUUUUGAGGUAUACAUGAAAGAAUUAAAAAUUUUUGGAGUCAAAGUCAAUCCAUUUACAUUUCCAAAUGGAUUAUCAUUAGUACAAACUAUGGGAAAUCAAUAUCUUAAUCAUGAAAAAUUGGGUAUUCAUGUUUGUAAAUUAUCUGAAUACGAAGAUGCCAUACAUGCCUUACGUGAAAAACAAGUUACAAAAGUGAUAUUUGAAUUGUGUUAAUGAUUAGAAUAAGUAAAGUAUACUUAUUAUAAUUAUUAAGUAUUUUAUCUAAAAAUGUCUUUGUUGAAAGGUGAUCGUUGAUAUUUUUCAAUUUGUAUAUGUCUUACUAAUAUGAAAAAAAGGAUUUAAAAAAAUAUUUUCAUAAACAUAAACGUUGUUUAUUGAUAAUUUUUGUUUAAAUGUGAAUUCUGAGGUGUCAUAAUGGGCGUUUUUGCCAUGAACCUUUCACUAAAAAAUCAUUUAUUAUGCAAUUAUUAUUGCUGUACACUGUCAAACUUUAGCUUCCCCCCUGUAUACCAUUUUCCUCAAUAUUUAUAAAUAUUUUUUACAUGAAAAAAACCAAUGAAAAAAACAUAAGUUGACGGGAAAAAUUUGAGAUGAUUUCAGCUCAGGGAAGCCCAGCCUUAAAAACGAUGUAUUGAUACUUUUCGUUAAACUUGUUGGGAAACGAUCGUUACCUAAGUCUACCUUACUGCAACUGUAUCGGUAAUAACCGUUAAUCCUAACUGUUAGAACAUUCAUUAUUCAGUCAGUGAAGAUGACAAAGGUUAUUGUAACAAAAAAUUUCCAACAUCCGAGGUUUAAAAAAGUUAAAAGCCUGAAGAUAAUCUUUACAAACACAAUAAACUAUUAGUCGACAUAUAGAAGACAUAUUGAUCGGUAUUCUAGAUCAGGGGUAAACAAACUUUGACUUUUACGGAGCACCAGUAAAAAGGUCUAUCUAGAAAAAUCUUAUACCUCUCUCACUUUUACUUGCAGGUGUAAUAGCUCUGAAAAUUAUACCUGAAGUGCCACGUUUACCCACCUCUGCCGUAACCACUCUUUCGGUAGUUUGACUAUAGAAAAGAUACACUCAAAAAACGAUGCACCUCAGUCUAAGUUACUUUCGAACGACGACACAUUUGAUCAGUUAAUUGUCAUCAAGCUGCGCUGAACUGACGAAGAACUCAUACUGAGAAUAAUCAUCAACCACAAUUGUUGACAUAAACAAAAUUUAAUUGAAGAUCAAUCGAUCUGGUUACAAUAAUGCAGUGGUUGAUUGCGUUGAUAUUCCACUUCGUGGUAAUGCGCCUAUUGAAAUUGCCUUUUAACUUUCAACUUGAUUACAAUAACUUAGCGCUGUCGCCCUUUUCAGAUAAGGUAAUCGAAGUCAUCCAUGAGGACUUUUUUGACGUUAGGAAAAAUUUCGGCAGAGUUAUUAUCG